AAUACUGACUCGGAAAUAAAACAUUUUCAUUUCUGCAAUGACAUAUAGUUGAUUUUUUCCAAGAACAAGAAUAUACUGAACCAAAAAUGUCAACGGGUAUGACAUUUGGUCAAAGGAGGUUCAAUCCAACACCUCCAGAGAAAGGGAGCUUUCCUUUGGAUCACGAAGGUGAAUGCAAAGGGUUCAUGAUUAAGUAUUUGCAAUGCCUGCGAAAGAAAGACUUUGAAAACGCAACGUGUCGGCAAGAGUCCAAGGAUUAUUUACAGUGUCGGAUGGAACACAAGCUUAUGGCUAAAGAGGAAUGGAAAAAACUUGGAUAUGAAGACAUAGAGAAGAAGAGUGAAAAGAAUACGUGAAUAGAAUAGAAUGGGGAAGCAGACUUUUGGUGAAUCCAUGCACAGCCAGUUGUGUACUUUUUUAGGCUCGUACAGACAUUGUAACGACAGCACCAACAGCUGCGUGGAGUUAUGUGUGUCCUCUAGUAAUGUUAGUACCAAGUGACGUCGCAAAACAUCAUGCGGGAUGUGUCCAUGCAAUGUCCUAACAGUGCCAGCAAAUGAUGUAAAUUGAUGGUAUGGAUCUCGUGAGAUAUGAUCGGUGUUGAUGUCGUUGUUUCAUUUUGUUAGUUGUUUUUCUCUACUCGUGACACAAGUGACUGUACGGUGUCCCCUUGCGGCUUUAUGGGGUAACUACUCAAUUGGUGGCAAUGCACUGAAAAUCUGAACAAUAUCAAGUGCAGUAUUGUCUGACCAAUUUUGGGGACGUUAAGUUCCCAGAUAUGAUUUAAAAUGAACCUUUGUAUUGUAAAUAGGUUCGUCAAAAUUCAGUGAAUGUCGAGGACACAUUGAAAUGAUAUGUAAUGCUUUCUUGUUUGCAUCGCCCCUGCUCAGUAUUCGUGAAUCAGGAUGAAGAAGCAGGCUGCUGGACAUGUUCCAUGGAAUUGUUCCAUCCCCUGGGAUUGGCAAAUUUUCAUGAGCAAAAAGUUUAUGCAUCAGUAGUCAUAGUCUGUUGUUUUUGAAACGCAAUUAUAUUUGUAUAUUUUGUAUAUGUGUGUAUGUGGUAAUAUAAAAUGUGAAUAUUUCUA